AUGGUUUAAUGUACUAAAUUUAUCCUUUUAAUUUAGGGGAAUUCAAAAGUUAUUCUUAAACUUAAUAAAAGAUUGAGAGAUUGUUAGAAAGAACAAAAGAGUAGGUAAAAUAAUGGAACAUAAAAAAGUAAAUAAAGAAAGGAACUCUUAAAUAGGAAGAAAAAGCAAAAAAAAAACUGUUGAAAUACAAAAGCUUGUUAAAGAAGUUGAGUGUCUCCUCUGAUCAAAGUACAAUAAAAUUGAAAAUUAAAUUUAUAUUAAAGAAAACAAACAGAGAAUUUUAAACAGAUCAUAAAAUAUUAUGA